CAGCAUUGCGUUGGUGACAUCACGAGACGACAAAAAGAGUUGUUGGGCGAAGAGAAGGCACCAAUCAAUUUAACUACUACACUGGCUGCACCAGAAGCGCGAGAGGCGACGUUCCUUUACUCUCUGCAUUGGGGUCCAAAGAGCGACAGACUGACAUUAUCUCCAAAAGCAAAUCAACUAUCUCACUAAACAGUUCUCAUUUGAAGAUGUUCAACAGAGGUGCUUCAUAUCGGUCUUGCCUACACGACUCCGCUUCUUCCUCAUAGGGAAACCAUUUUUCGUGGUUUAUAGACCAAGUCGCCUGUUGUGCAGCUGGUAAGAGUAUGUGCGAGAGUAGGCGAUUGGUGCAGUGCAAGGACUCACUUUCGUCCGCGAAGGAAAAGCGUGGAAUAUACACGAAUUAAUGUGGAAUUUAUCGGAGCCCAAAGCUGGAACGACGACCGGACACAGCUCUUCCUCAUCAGGGACUGACUGAUCAUGGUCGCCGUGGUCCGCUCUCUCAUAGUACUGCUCCUCGCUCAGGUGUUGCUGGGAGGUGCUGCAGGACUUAUUCCGGAGGUCGGCCGAAGGAAAUACAGCGAAUCUGGGAAACAAACCCCGGAGCAGUCGGAGAACUUUCUCAACGAAUUUGAGCUUCGACUCCUAAACAUGUUCGGACUCAAAAGGAGGCCGAACCCGAGCAAGCUGGCGGUGGUGCCGCAGUACAUGGUGGACCUUUACCAUAUGCACUCAGUGAACGGAGACCACAACACUAAACGGCCCAGAAACAUGGGGAAACACGCAGAGAGAGCCGCCAGCAAGGCCAACACGAUUAGAAGCUUUCACCAUGAAGAGUCCAUGGAGGCCCUGGCCAGUCUGAAGAGCAGAACCACCCAGCAGUUCUUCUUCAACCUCACCUCCAUCCCUGGAGAGGAGCUCAUUACCUCCGCAGAGCUGCGCAUCUUCAGGGACCAGGUCCUGGGGGGCACGUCCCCCCCCACCUCUAGCAACAACAGCACGGGCGCGGGCCUCCAUCGCAUCAACGUGUACGAGGUGUUUGGCGCCCCCUCCUCCCCCGAGGGGGAGCCCCUGACCCGUCUGCUGGACACGCGGCUGGUGCAGGACUCUCUGAGUCGCUGGGAGAGCUUCGACGUCAGCCCCGCAGUGUCCCAGUGGGCCUCCGGGGGGCGGCGCAACCACGGCUUCCAGGUGGAGGUUGUCCACCCCGGGGAGGGAGGCGACGCCAGGAGCAGGAACAGGCACGUCAGGGUGAGCCGGUCCCUCCACCAGGACCAGGACUCAUGGCCGCAGGCACGCCCCCUGCUGGUGACGUACGGUCACGACGGGAGAGGCGACGGCGUGCUGCACACGCGGGAGAAACGUCAGGCGACGCACCGCAAGCAGCGCAGGAAGCAGCAGAAAGCCAGCUGCAAGAGACACGCGCUCUACGUGGACUUCAGCGACGUGGGCUGGAACGAGUGGAUAGUGGCGCCCCCUGGCUACCACGCCUUCUACUGCCACGGCGAGUGCCCCUUCCCCCUGGCCGACCACCUCAACUCCACCAACCACGCCAUCGUGCAGACGCUGGUCAACUCGGUCAACUCCAACAUCCCCCGAGCGUGCUGCGUGCCCACAGAGCUUAGCCCCAUCUCCCUGCUCUACCUGGACGAGUACGAGAAGGUCAUCCUGAAAAACUACCAGGACAUGGUGGUAGAGGGCUGCGGAUGCCGGUGAGGCGGAGAGAGCGAGGGAGCAACAGAGAUGAAGAGCGAAUACGAGAGAGAGGGAGGGAGGGAGAUAAAGAGCGAGAAUGAGAGCGAGACAGGGAGGGAUGGAGAGAGGGACUGAGAGACUAAGACAGAGGUUGUGGACACCCGGUUUCCCAAUGAAGACUCUUAUUUAUAUGACAGAAAGACCGAGCUAUUUUGGAAGAAGAAGAAAAAACUAUAUAUGAAUAUAUUUAAAAAAUACAUAUUUUAAUCGGAGGAAUAUUCCUUUACUGGUUUUGAAAAUGUAUUUCUGAUGUACAUUUUGAAAUGGGUGCAAUACCACAUGAAGUAUAAUGCUCAGAUUUUUAUUUUGUAUUUAUUUCUAUUAUAACCACUUUAUUUGUAAAUAAAUCAUGUGUAUUUAUCGUGAGAAAACA